GCUCAGCUCAACUCAACUCUCCCAUCGCCCACAAAACUCGCUCUCUCUCUUCCCCCUCAGUCCGUCCGUCCGUCCGUCCGUCAACCUUUUACUCGGCUCACAAGCAUCUCACUCCGAUCUCCUCCUCUUUCCCAACUCCCAAUCACUUUUCUGUAACACAGUCGCCCAUUCAAGAACCGACCUUUUCCCAUCCCUGUGGCGCUUCUUGCUUCUUACACUGCGAUUCCCCCAGUAAGCGUUUCUAUUUCCUUUCGAUUCAAUCUCACUUCCCCCCUCCCUGUGAAGUGAGUGAAUCUGAUGGGACGACGGCAACGCUAGCUGAGAAAACGCCAAUGGGUUGUCUGGAAGCUGGGAUCCCUCCCGUCAAGAGAGACCCUCUUCUCCGCUCUCCUUCCGUCUCUUCAACUGCUCGGUCCCGACCCAGAUCGAAAUUCGCCCGCUUUAGGCUCGAUUACCUUCAGUGGGUAUGCUCGGUCGCCGUCUUCUUGUUCUUCGUCGUCCUCUUCACCAUGUUCUUGCCCGGGCUCAAGGAUAUGAAUGUCAAUCCCCGCGAUUUGGUCUUCUUGAGGGAAAAAAUUGGGGGAUUGGACUUUGGGGAAGACGUCAUCAGAUUUGAGCCUUCAAAGCUUGUGCACAGGUUCCAGAGAGAAGCUGUCGAGUUGAAGCGUUUCUCUGCUUUCAAUGUGACACUCCGUCGUUUCCAUUACCGGAAACCCCAGCUUGCAUUGGUUUUUGCCGAUCUCUUGCUGGAUCAGCAGCAGAUACUGAUGGUCACUGUUGGAACAGCCUUACGUGAGCUAGGUUACGAAAUUCAGGUUUAUUCCCUUAAAGGUGGUCCUGCAUAUGAUGUUUGGAAUAACUUGGGAGUCCCGGUGACCAUCAUCCAGUCUGUUGACACCAAAAAUAUUGGCAUUGAUUGGCUGAACUUCGAUGGCAUAGUAGUCAACUCUCUUCAAGCUAAGGGUGUCUUAUCUUGUUUCCUGCAGGAGCCAUUCAAGUCUUUGCCUCUCUUGUGGACCAUAAAUGAUGCUGCUCUUGCUGUCCGCUUAAGAGAAUACAAUUCAAGCGGGCAGCAGGAGCUCCUAAACAGUUGGAAAAAGAUCUUUAAUCGGGCCACUGCUGUUGUCUUCCCCAACUAUGCCCUACCAAUGGUCUUCUCCACAUUCGACAGCGGAAACUUUUUUGUGGUCCCAGGAUCUCCUGCUGAAGCACUGGAAGUGGACUCUGUUGUGGCCCUUAACGAAGGAAAACCACGUGAGGAGAACGGUCUAGGAUCUAAAGAUUUUGUGAUCACCAUUGUUGGAAGUCGGUUUUUCUACAAGGGUCUCUGGUUGGAGCAUGCCCUAGUUCUGAAGGCUAUACAACCACUUCUACUAGACUGUAAUAAUGAUCCAACAUCUCGUCUCCGAGUUCUCAUUUUCUGUGGAACUUCAAGUAGCAACUACAGCGUGGCCGUGGAGGCUAUUGCCCAGAAUUUGAAAUACCCCGGAGGAACUGUGGAGCACAAGUCUGUUGAUGACAAUGUUGACAGAUUCUUGAGUGAAGCUGAUCUUGUGGUAUAUGGAUCUUUUCUCGAAGAGAAGUCUUUCCCUGAAAUUUUGGUCAAAGCCAUGUGCUUUGGGAAGCCGAUCAUAGCCCCCAAGCUCUCCAUGAUCAGUAAAUAUGUUGAUGACAGGGUGAAUGGCUUCCUCUUUCCCAAGGACAAUGUUAAGGCAUUGAGACAAAUCAUAAAGCAGUUGGUCUCAAAAGGAAAAUUAUCGUCUCUAGCUCAAGAUGUUGCCUUGCAUGCAAAAGUAACUGCUAGAGAUUUUAUGGUCUCAGAUGCCGUAGAAGGCUAUGCAUGGCUGCUUCAGACUGUCCUCAGGCUCCCAUCUGAAGUUGCACGUCCCAAGUCUAUCGGUGAUCUUCCUUCUGAAUUUAAGAAAAAGUGGAUGUGGGAUAUGUUUGUAACAGGGGCAGGGCCCAUAUAUCAGAAUAGCACGUCGGGAAGCUUCAGCUUUCUUGACACGGUUGAAGUGGAGUGGAACCAAACUCACAGAGAGAGCUCAGGCAUGACAGCCGGUGAAGAACCAUUUGUGUAUAGCAUAUGGGAGGACCAGAAAUCUACCGAGCUGGCUGCUGCUAGAAAGAAAAGAGAGGAUGACGAGUUGAAGGAUCGAACAGAUCAAAGUCAUGGUACGUGGGAAGAUGUUUAUCGGAGUGCCAAAAGAGCUGACAGGGCCAAGAGUGAUCUUCGAGAAAGGGACGAACGAGAGCUUGAACGGACUGGUCAACCCCUAUGUAUCUAUGAACCUUUCUUAGGGGAAGGAACCUGGCCUUUUCUGCACGUCACUUCCCUUUAUCGUGGAAUUGGGCUGUCGACUAAAGGUCGAAGACCCGGGGGCGACGAUAUUGAUGGGCCUUCUCGUCUCCUGAUUCUCAAUGAUCCUUACUAUCGGGAUGUUCUAGGUGAUUAUGGUGCCUACUUUGGUAUUUCCAACAGAAUCGAUCGCAUACACAAGAAUGCUUGGAUAGGUUUCCAGUCUUGGAGGGCUACUGCAAGGAAGGCGAGCUUGUCUACAGUUGCUGAAACUGCAUUAUUGAAUUCGAUCCAGUCAAAGAAGUAUGGGGAUGCAUUGUACUUUUGGGUUCGAAUGGACAAGGACCAGAGAAACCCUAUGCAACAGGAGUUUUGGUCCUUUUGUGAUUCUGUAAACGCAGGAAAUUGCAAGUUCGCCUUCUCAGAGGCUCUCAAGAGAAUGUACGGCUUCAAGCAUGAUUUAACCAAUUUGCCUCCCAUGCCCAGUGAUGGUGGCACGUGGUCUGUGAUGCAGAGCUGGGCUUUGCCUACGAAGUCAUUCCUAGAAUUCACCAUGUUUUCAAGGAUGUUUGUGGAUGCACUGGACGCGCAGAUGUACAAUGAGCAUCACCGGACUGGGCACUGUUAUCUGAGUUUCUCCAAAGACAAGCAUUGCUAUUCUAGGGUGCUCGAGCUGCUCGUGAAUGUUUGGGCGUACCAUAGCGCGAGGAGGAUGGUCUCUGUGGACCCACAGAGCGGUCUAAUGCAGGAACAACACAGGUUACAGAAAAGGAAAGGGCAGAUGUGGAUCAAAUGGUUCUCAUAUGCGACAUUGAAGAGCAUGGAUGAAGACUAUGCCGAGGAGUUCGACUCUGACAGCCCCAAGAGAAGGUGGCUCUGGCCUUCCACGGGUGAAGUCUUCUGGCAAGGAGUAUUAGAGAGAGAGAGAAGCCAAAGGCAUAAGCAGAAGGAGAGGAGGAAACAGCAGAGUAGGGAGAAAAUCGAGAGGAUCAAGAGAAGGCAGCGCCAGAAAGCUCUAGGGAAGUACAUAAAACCGCCCCCUGAGGAGAUGGAGAAUUCCAAUUCGACAAGGAUUUUAUGACCACUGUUCAUAUUAGUCACAUUUAAAUUCUUUCCGUCUAUAUGUUUGUUCGUUCAUUUUUCAAUUCGAUUUUUUUUGCCUGGGAGGGAUGCAUCAUUGGAUGAGUGUGUUUCUAGUUUACUUUUUGUAAGUUGCAUCCCUUCUGGUGACUGAUGUUUAUGAGGGAUUGAUACUUGAAAUGUAUACUAGUCUCCCUCUCUCUCUCUUCCCCUCCCCUUUUGGGUACUUAGUAUCUCUUGUUCUACUUCUAGCCACUAGUUGAUUUUUCUUCUCA